AUGGCUCCAAGACAGAAAGAGAUACCGCAGGGUAUGGAUUCGCAGUAUUCCACCAUGGACGUCUCGCUGACUGGGGCUCUGGCCAGCUUGGCCGCAGAGAAGUUUGACGCAGAAAUCCACGGCGCAGUACAAGGCCUCCGAUGCGCUCUAGUUGCCAACUCCGCCAACGAACCAAUCACAGUCUGUAUGGACAACACCUCUGUUAUUGACUGUAUAGGAGCAACUGCACCAAACUCCUCACAGGUCUACUUCAGGGCCUUUCAGAAGGAAGUAGACAAGUAUCCGUACCAGAUAUCUGUCAAAUGGUGCCCAGGACACAGCAACAUUUUUGGAAAUAGUUGA